AUGUGUCAGAAUGUUGAACUAUGUAAUGAGCCUGGACCUUCUGGUCGAAUAUAUACAGAACCAAGCACAUCCAGCGAGACCCAGGUCGAGACAACGCCUCAUAGCCAGGUAUUCAAUGUAGAUAUUGAAAUUGUAGAAAAUGUGGUACCAACAUCAUAUCCGGAGUCUGUCGUUACUGCAACUCAGUCUCCUGUGCGGUAUGUACCAACCACACCGCGCCGUAGCCGGCUAACACAGGCAGAGCACGCUGCACUUCUUUUUAGAAACUCAGAUUCAAAUUGGAGAGCAUUUAAAAUUGACCAACAUAGAGAUUACAUGGAAAUGCGAAAAGAUCGGAAUAUAGUAAGAGAAAUGGGAGUGCAGGCUCAGAGGGAAUGGCAAGUCAUAGGUUUAAUACCAUUAGACUUAUUAAAUCAAGUAGUUAAUUAUUUUUGUAAAGCUUAA